AUUUAAUCGGGUGACGUUUUAUUUCACGAAUUAUGGCUUACCUUGGAAAAUUUAAAGAUAGAACACCAAUAAUAUGUCCGGCCGGAGUGCCGUGCAAAGUCGAUGGAUCGAUGCGCGAAUGCUUGCGCAAUUAUCCGACAGAUGACGCUAUCGUUGCGGUUCUCAAUCAGGCGGGGCUUAAACGGGUGGAGCCGGAGCCGAGACAUCAACGAAUGGAAAAUGUGCGACAUCGCGGCGCGUAUCAAUUGACACGCCCCAUUUUGAAUCCGCCAGAUGAGACACGAUAUCAGACGCUGGUGAGAGAUCUCCGAGAAACGGUACUUGCCGAUUACUGGAACAAAGAGCUAGGAAGAGGACGCGAUCCAACCGGGGGAUUACCCAAAGGCAUGGACCCUGGAAACACCACUUUUGGAGAUAAAAUCCUACAUGAUGUUACCAUGAAGGAGUUGAUCAAUCCGCCGAAAUCAACCUACGAAAUACAAUUCGAAACAAAUGAGUUUCACAACAUGUACAAGAAGUCUCACAACGAUUACUACCCAGGCGAAAAGAUUAAUCGCAAUUACGUCAAAGAAUCGUACGAUCCGACUCGUCGUUACGGUAUGAAAACCAGGUUCGAUCCGCGUGGAAUUUACGCCAAAUGUGCCUUGACCAGUCUCAAUUCUGAGCCGAUAGUCGCUGUUAACCGGGUACAUGCGGAUACAGUGGAACGCACCAAAUUUCAACUGGGCAAAUGUUUGAUGCCUAUUGGAAACUCAAAAGUCGUGCCCCAGAAUUUCACCUACGGUAAGAAGUACAAUCUUCCUUUUCAUUGCGUCGAAGAGCUGAUGAAACCCGAUCUGGAACCGUCUUUGUUGAAGAGGGAUCUUCGAAAAUGGAUGCACCAUUUGAACCGAGUUCGAUGCUUCCUGAGGAAACAUCCCACUGAUUUGAAGGACAUCAUUGAGUUGUGCAGGUCGUUUGAUGAAGAGCAAAAUGGUUGGCUGGAUUUCGCUCUUGUUUACGAUAUAUUGAAGAGGAACCAGAUCGUAGUCGAAGCGUCUCUACUUUUACCGCUGCUCGAGCUCUUCGGGUUACAUAAGGAGGGAAUGGUGGAGUUUACUGCUCUCAUCAAUUUCCUGGAUCCGCAGGAAGAAUUGCCUAAUUUCGGAACAUUUGAUGAUGGUGUCAGCGUCAAUUCGCAUUAUUUGACGACAAAUCAAGCUGCUGUUUUGGACUGCUGGAAGAUGGAUAACACCAAUGAAAGAAUAGCAGGAGUACCAUCCAGGAGACUGGACAUGGAUGUCGUUGCUCUUCAUCCAUCGCAAAGUAGAUUUGAGGAAUGCAAUUUGUCCUACGAGAGCAACGCUGAAACCUUGCUCAAUCCCAGCAUCUUCUCCAAUUACCAGUUGACUCACAGAGAUUUUUUUCUGCCUAGGGAACCACAGUAUCUUCAAAAACUGUUUGAAAUCGCCGGCUAUCAAUUUCCGAAUGACACCUUUCAAAAACUGUGGGAUCUCGGCGUGGUCCACGACAAGACUGGAAAAGUCUGCAUAGACACCUUCAGGAAUCUUCUCAAACGCACAGCUCCCAUUGACAUUGUUGACCGACCUCUCGGAGAAUAG